UUUAUUUCCCACAUCAUCGAUCGGUCGGUCCGAUUUGGUUUUUUUGGACUUGAUAUAGGUUUAAUUUGAUCUGGUCCAAGUUGAACCCGAAUUACGCUCGGAAAUGAACCAAGAUCAACUCAUUCCGACCCAACCGGCUUGGGUUAGCCGGGUGAAACCCAACCCAAUCUCCUCUUCAGGUAUCGGUGACUCUUCUCGUCUUACCACCAGGUGAGCAGUUGCCACUCUGCUUCAUGACAACGAAAUCAAAGGAAGCCCACUCCCUCCACUCAACCCCUCUCUCCUUCCUCUUCGUACCCUUCUAAUAGCCACAAGGCAGACUAAGAAGACCAGAACGAAGAACAAUGUCGACUUCGGGACGACACACCUUGCUCCUCUGCCUCUUCAUUCCUAUCUCAUUAUCAUGUGAGAUCCAACUCGUACUGGUGAACCACUGCAAAGACGGCGUGUGGCCUGGAGUACUCGGCAGUGCCGGCCACAGCUCCCCGGAGGGUGGUGGCUUCCAUCUGGGCGUCGGCCAGGAGGCAGUCCUGGACGUGCCGAGUGGAUGGUCGGGGAGAAUCUGGGGUAGGCAGGGUUGCUGCUUCGAUGAAAACGGGAAAGGAAGCUGCGACAGUGGCGACUGCGGCGGCCUGCUGCGCUGCAACGGUACUGGAGGCACACCGCCGGCGACCGUGGUCGAGAUGACGUUGGGGACCCACCGGUCUCCUCUCCAUUUCUAUGACGUGAGUUUAGUGGAGGGCUUCAAUCUUCCGGUCACGAUCGCUCCGGUUGGCGGAGGGAAGGGAUGCGGCGGCGUGGCGGGCUGCCAGGUGGACUUGAACACAUGCUGCCCUUCCAGGUUCGAGGUGAAGCAGAAGGGGAAGGUGGUGGGAUGCAAGAGCGCGUGCUUGGCCCUGAAGACGGACAAGUAUUGCUGCACCGGGGAGUAUGGCUCGCCGGAGCGCUGCAAGCCCACCCUCUUCUCCCAUCUCUUCAAGUCCAUCUGUCCUCGAGCUUAUAGUUUCGCCUACGACUCUUCUUCCACUCUCAACAUGUGCAGGGCAUCGAGGUAUCUCAUUACCUUCUGCCCUUGUGCAACCUAAAUCAAAGUCACAGAUGCAUUCAGUAUGA